CCACCACCAAACAUGGCAGAGCCGUCUCUCCGCCACGACACCCGCUCCACCCAGGACCCAAAUGAAAUUGCGCCUUAUGAUGGGGCAGGUGCUUCCAACAAUGUCUCGAAAUCGAGCUCCGCACAUGAGAAGCCGGUUAGCUUACCGUUGAGACAGGCGUCCAAGCAGCCUGUCACCCCCCAGACGAGGAUCCAUGAUAUUACGGAGAAGUUUACGAGCGCGUGUAAUACACUCGACGUUGGUCAGCUAGUGAAAGAUGAGUACUUCACGCUCUUCGAGUCGAUCGGGGCCAUCGAGAUCAUGGACCCCAAAAUGGACAGCGGCUUUCUCCAGCCCGGAGAGACAUUGGAAGACGACUACGACCCAUUGACGCCUUUACUUCCCGAAGAGCUCAUCGGCAUUAUGGAUCAGCUGCUCUGCUACGAAAUGGCCUGGCACACCGGCUAUCCUCUCUCGCAGACGCUCUUCACCUCCGUCUAUAUCGACAGGCUACUCUGGCCUGAGCCGAAGGCAUUUGAGCAAGCGCAAUUCUACCACGGAACAUUCCCAAACGACACGAGGCCGGGGACGUUGUUAGAGGUGCUGAGAGCGUACUGCUUAGCGCUAAUUAAGGGCUGCGAUUUUGUGAUAGCGAAGAUCACGGGGAGGGACUAUUUCGAAGAGGAGGACUUUUGCACACAUACGUAUAAUCGCGUCCUUCUCGUGCAUGUACCCGUCGACGUGUUCCUGCGGGAAUUAGAUGCCGCCGUGGAGAUGAUAGAGGAAACCGAUGUGGAAAUCAACGACGGUCUUCGAUCUGCCAUCAUAGCAAGAUUACAAUUCCGGAAGGACUUUCUUCUAGCGCUAGACCUAGACUGCCCUCUUGACAGCUUAUCCAACUACUGGCCGCCUGUCCUCAAGCAUAUUGCCGCCAUCACCAGCACGCACCAGCUAGGCAAGACCGUGCCUGGCUCUUUCAGCACCAAAAUCCAGCGGAGACUUGCCUCAACGGUGCCACCCCGUCCAAUCGUAGAACUAGACUUCAAAGACGCUUUCGAGAAGCUGAAGCAACUCUGUAUCGACUGCGAAGAAGCCACAGGCUUUACCAACCUCCCGCUCGACCCACUAGAAUACCAGUCCUUCCUGUGGACUUUUGCAUCUCGCUCACCAACGCCGCUUCCGUAUUCAAGAUCCUACCUCUCGACUAUCCUCUUCCACCCGGACAUACUAAACACAUCCAUCUCGCUUCCGCUCGCCGAUGUGAAGAGCCUCGUCUUUCCUUCGUCGCUCAUUCUCGACCCUGUCAACUGGACAAUGUCCCCGCCCCGUAACAACCUCCUUCCCAAGCCGCCGCGCCUGCAAUUUGCGCUUCUGAUUGACGAAUUUGUUGAGCGCACCGGACAACCGUAUCUGGACCUAUGGGUUGCGCUCGGGCAGAAUAGGUGUCGUCUUCGCCGGAUGCUAACGCAUGUCAUAACGAGCUGGGACUUGCUGCAAGAAGAUGCGACUCUGGUCGACGCCGAUCUCAUGAGCGCGGCCCAUGAGCUCGGCAUGUCGGACGAUCUCGAUAGCCCACUCUCGACUUGGGUCUACAUCAAGAAGCUCUGGAUGAUCGAGAAAGUCGUCUUGCUUGGCUUCGAACAAGACAUCUACCUGCCUGACGAAUUUGCGGGGAUGUACUACUUUCUCAGCCUCAUCGCAGGGAAGCGGAAAGACGCGCUUCUUGUCUGCGUCAAGCAUGUUAAGGAACGGACCAUGCAGCUGCUCAAAGCGAAUAAGUAUCAAGACGCAGAGGAGGUACGCGACAUGGGAUUCUACGUCGACUCCGAACACAAAUACGCCAUCGGAGCUAGCGAAUUCAGCAAAGCACUCCAUCACUUCUACACAAUCCUCCUCUACCUCCGCCUCGUCCCCUCCCCUCACAGACCCUUCAGCACUGAAGCCCUCCGCUACGAACUCCGGAUGAAGCCCUUCCUCUCCCUCCAUCCGCCCGAAGUUCCCCCCUUCGCCGCCUUCCAAACCGCUCUCAAACCCUACGGCCCUUACUCCACACCCAAUUCCUCCUUCUACGCCAACCUCCGCACACCCGACUCACCUCUCUGGACCGACCUCGACGCCUCGCUGAAAGCUGCUAAGGACGCCUUCGCGAGGGUGAAGAAACACGGCGCGAAGAAGUCGAAAGCGGGAGGUGUGGAGCAGGCGUGGAAUAAGGAGGUGCAGGGCAUGCUGGCGAGUUGUAUCGCGCUCGGGGUGGCGGUCGCGGGCGUUAAGGCUGCGGUGAAGGAAGGUGGAGAUGGGGCUGGGAAGGAGGUGGGGGUUAGGGUCGAGAUACCUGCUGCCGGGAUGGGGAAGAGAUAUGCCGAGGGAUGGGUUGUUGGAAAGGUUGUAAAAGAUUGAAGCUUGUGUCUGUAUAAAUGUUUGCUAAACUCAACUCCUAGCGCUGGAUCCUAGUAUUUGACGUGGCGCUUAAUAUGAGUGGCCUCGGUCGACGGC